UAGGCCCAUCAUUUAAUGGAACAGAACAUCACUGGCCCAGUCCACCUGAAAAGCAGAGAGAAGAAGCUAAAAUUUAUGAACACUCCGGCGGAGCGGCAACUGCCAGCGGCGAUUAUGGAUUUUAAGAGCUCCGAAAUCAGCUCCUGGAAGGAGGCCCUCUCUGCUUACCCAGCUCGCAUACAAUCUCUCAACAAACCCAACCUCGUCUCUCUCGAUCAGUUCUACCGUGUCCAACUUCCCUCUCUCCUCCAUCAGCGAAACCCUCACCCAUAUAUAACCACUUCUGAGCUCUCCAAGCUCAUGCAAUGGAAGCUUUCCCGUGGAAAAUGGAGGCCCCGCUUGCUGGACUUCGUCUCGUCCUUGGACGAGGAGUUAGUGAAAUCUGCUUCUCAAAAGGCGUUUGAAUCGCUUCCUGAUUUAUCAAAAGCUGUUUCUGAGCUUUCGGUUUUGAAAGGCGUCGGUCCGGCAACUGCCUCCGCCGUUUUGGCUGCCUAUGCGCCUGAUGUCGCACCUUUCAUGUCUGAUGAGGCUAUGGAGGCAGCUCUGGGCUCCUCUAAGGAUUAUACGUUGAAGCAAUAUCUUUUAUUCACGGAUAAGCUACUACGUAAAUCUAAGGAAUUAAGUUCAAAUGGGGAGUCCUUCACGGUAUCAGAUGUAGAAAGGGCCUUAUGGAGUUUUGCUGUGUGGUCCAAGCUGCUAGUUUCACAACCUGAUCCAAACUCGAAGAGUAAUACAGGCAAAGACAGCAAGAGGAAAAGAAAACGUUGAAUGUGCUGUAAGUUCAUUAUCUUUAAAUUAUAGAUGUCCAUAAGACUUGUAUUUUCAUCUCAUGAAGAGCAACUCUCUUUACAAGUUCUGUAUGCCCCAUUUUUGGCUUUCAGUCAAUGCAGAAUAUUAAGGCUUACCUGAUGCACAUAAUAGUUUCUACUUUC